GCCCUCGUUUGGGUUUGAACGGCAAGGUCACGUGACCACGACGGCACUCACGGCAACAGCGGGCACGGUGACACCGCAGUGGAAACACUGUGGCCGCAUCAUUCCUUCUGCUACACUCGGUAUCAGAAGCGAAAACAAGCAGGGCGUCUUCUUACCGACAAUCCCGCCGGCCAACGGCGAUCCGGUAACGCGACUGCUCGCUCUUCUUUCGCUCACACUCAUGCGGUCUAUUUUUGCAUCGUGAAAUGCACGUUUGACACCGUGAGACGCAGAGAGGAACCGAAGCUCUGAUGUGUUGGAAUCGCAAUGGCAGACCGUGAUUCGUUACCGCUGCCUUUGGAGGUGCGAGCACGACUCGCGGAGCUCGAGCUGGAGCUAUCGGAGGGUGACAUCACACAGAAGGGCUAUGAGAAAAAGAGAUCAAAAGUUUUGCAACCAUACCUACCUCACACACCAGGGGUCGAGCGUCAUGUUCCUGUCACACCCUCUUCAUCGUCUUCCUCAUCCUCCCGCUAUCAGCGACGAAGGUCCAAUGGCACCAGGGAUGAGCGUUAUCGCUCAGAUGUACACUCAGAAGCUGUUCAGGCCGCAUUAGAGAGACACAGUGAAAGAAAGAUGGCCGUGUUGUUGCCAUCCAAGCGGCGAUCGCUCAUCGGUCAAACCUCCAUGGACACGUACACACCUCCAGACUCGUCAUCUGGCUCUGAUGCUGAGGGGUCUCUGGGGAGGGCAGGGGGUGUCGGUGUAGACUCCUGGAUCAGCAGAGCUCUCCACGCCUCACCUUCAACAUCAUCGUCGUCAUCCUCACACAGCAACAGCUCUGCCAAUGCAGCUCGAAUGGCAGAGACCAACAUGCACUCCUUCGGCCUCGGUCCAAUGUCUCAUCUCUCUCUGAAAAGGCGGGGCUUAAGGGAAAUGGGCGUGUCUGCUGAGAACGGUAUUGUCAUCAGGCACUCCGCUGACUACCAAUCAGAUCGCCCCUGGUCAUCUUUGGAUUCUGAAGCAGACAGUUUGUCAGCCCCUCCUGACAUCACCAGCUACACAUCUGACCCCGCCCCCAUCUUUGUGCAACGACCACAGGUUGCCAUACUAACCAAGCCUCCGCCCAAAUAUGGCAAUGCUGAGCUAAUGGAGACUGGAGAUGGUGUUCCUGUAAGUAGCCGUGUCUCUGCAAAGAUCCAGCAGCUGGUUAACACGCUGAAACGGCCCAAACGAAAACCUUUGAGAGAGUUCUUCGUGGAGGACUUUGAAGAAUUGCUAGAAGUGCAGCCGUUUGAUCCCUCUGUGCCACACCCUGAGGGGGCGGAGUCAACAGUCAUGCAAGGAGAGGAGCUUGACAGACUUAAAAACUGCCCAGCCUCCCUGGAAGCAGCCCUUCUGCGUUGGGGGGCCAUCGCACCCAAAGCCCCCUGUCUGACAACUAUGCACGGCAGUGGCAAACCGCCAUACACACUUACAUAUGGCAAGCUCUGGUCCAGAAGUUUGAAAUUGGCCUAUAACCUUCUCCACAAGCUGGGAACCAAGCAAGAGCCAAUCCUUCAUCCCGGAGACAGAGUUGCACUGGUGUAUCCCAAUAAUGAUCCUGCAGCAUUCAUGGUGGCGUUUUGUGGCUGUCUUUUGGCUGAAGUUGUUCCUGUCCCAAUUGAAGUGCCACUCACAAAGAAGGAUGCUGGGAGUCAACAGAUCGGCUUCCUGUUGGGCAGCUGCGGUGUAGCCGUAGCAUUGACCAGUGAUGCCUGUCAUAAAGGCCUUCCCAAGAGCUCUAGCGGUGAUGUCAUGCAGUUCAAAGGAUGGCCAAAGUUGCUUUGGGUUCUGACUGACUCCAGACAUUUAUCAAAACCCCCGAGAGAAUAUUUCCCUCUCAUUAAAGAUGCCAACAACGACACAGCAUACAUAGAGUACAAGACCUGCAAGGAUGGGAGUGUGUUGGGAAUAACCGUGACCAGGGUGGCAAUGCUCACGCACUGCCAAACACUCACACAGACCUGCGGAUACAGCGAGGCGGAGACGAUAAUAAAUGUGUUGGAUUUUAAGAAGGGUAUCGGCCUCUGGCACAGUGUUCAGACGAGUGUUUUAAAUAUGUUACAUGUGGUUAGUGUUCCAUAUGCUCUUAUGAAGGUGAAUCCCCUAUCUUGGAUCCAAAUGAUUGGCCAGUACAAAGCUAAGGUGGCUUGUGUGAAGAGCAGGGAUCUACACUGGGCUUUGAUGGCCCACAAAGAUCAUAUCGACUCCAACAUGAGUUCACUGAGAAUGCUGCUAAUCGCGGAUGGUUCGAACCCCUGGUCGAUAUCCUCCUGCGAUGCAUUCCUAAAUGUGUUCCAAAAUAUGGGCUUGAGAUCAGAGGUCAUUUGCCCAUGUGCCGGCUCCCCUGAGGCAUUAACUGUAGCUGUCAGGAGGUCUCAGGAUAGCAGCUGUAAACUUGCCGGUCGAGGGGUCCUCAGUAUGAUGAAUCUCAGUCACGGGGUCAUCAGGGUAGACACGGGGGAGAAGCUCUCCGUCCUCACCCUACAGGAUGUGGGGACGCCCAUGCCGGGAGCCAUGGUGUGCGUCGUAAAACCAGAGGGCGUUCCGCAACUGUGUAAAACCGAUGAGAUUGGAGAGAUCUGCGUGUCGUCUGUUGCCACAGGAACGUCAUAUUAUGGGCUUGCAGGAAUGAGCAAAAACACAUUCGAGGUGUCGCCAGUGUCGUGUGAUGGCGGUUUGGCCAGCGAGUGCUUGUUCGUGCGGUCCGGUCUGCUGGGCUUUGUGGGUCCAGGUGGGAUGGUUUUUGUCUCUGGGCCGCUGGAAGGACUGAUGCAGGUCGGGGGGCGUAAACACAAUGCCGAUGACAUCAUAGCAACCGCUCUUGCUGUGGAACCGAUGAAGUUCAUCUAUCGGGGAAGGACAGUGGUGUUUUCAGUGACUGUGCUGUAUGAUGAAAGGAUCGUCCUAGUAGCAGAACAGAGGCCUGAUUCAACUGAAGAAGAAAGUUAUCAAUGGAUGAGCCGAGUGCUGCAGGCCAUAGAUGGUAUUCAUCAGGUGGGCGUGUACUGCCUGGCACUGGUUCCUGCCAACACUCUUCCAAAAACCCCUCUGGGAGGAAUUCAUCUGUCUGAGACCAAACAACUCUUCCUGGAGGGAGCGCUACACCCCUGCAGCAUCCUUAUGUGUCCACACUCCUGUAUCACCAACCUGCCAAAACCCAGACAGAAACAACCCGAGGUGGGUCCUGCCUCUGUGAUGGUGGGAAAUCUCAUAGCAGGAAAGCGAAUGGCUCAGGCCAGCGGACGAGACUUAAGCAAUAUAGACGACAGCGAACAGUUUCUUUUUCUGUCGGAAGUCCUGCAAUGGAGAGCUCAGACAACACCUGACCACAUACUGUACACACUCAUCAACUCACGGGGGACAAUAGGGAGUUCUCUGACCUGUCUACAGCUUCAUAAGAGAGCAGAGAAAAUUGCCACUUUGCUGUAUGAGAGAGGACAAUUGAGAGAUGGAGACCAUGUGGCAUUAGUGUACCCGCCAGGCCUAGAUUUGAUCGCUGCGUUUUAUGGCUGUCUAUAUGCGGGCUGUAUUCCCAUCACUGUACGGCCACCUCAUCCUCAGAACAUCUCUACCACACUACCUACAGUCAAAAUGAUCCUGGAGGUGAGUCGUUCAGUGUGUCUUAUGACCACACAAACCAUCUCUAAACUUCUGAGGUCCAAAGAUGCAUCAGUGGCCGUGGACUUUAAGUCAUGGCCUCCUAUCUUGGAAACAGAUGACCUGCCAAAAAGACGUUGUCCUCUGCUGUAUAAGCCAUGUGACCCUGACUCGUUGGUGUAUUUGGACUUCAGUGUCUCCACUACGGGAAUGCUCGCCGGAGUGCAGAUGUCUCACAGUGGCACCAGUGCUCUUUGUCGGUCUGUUAAACUGCAAUGUGAGCUUUAUCCCUCACGCGAGGUUGCCGUCUGUCUUGACCCCUACUGCGGCCUCGGCUUCGUUCUGUGGUGUCUCUGCAGUGUAUAUGCGGGGCAGCAGUCCAUUCUCAUCUCACCGAUGGAUCUAGAAGUGAAUCCUGCUUUGUGGUUGCAGUCCGUCAGUCACUUUAAAGUUCGGGACACUUUCUGUUCAUACUCCGUGAUGGAGCUCUGCACGAGAUCUCUCAGCUCGCUUACGGACUCUCUGAAGGCCCGCGGACUGGAUCUGACCCGCGUGCGGUCGUGUGUGGUGGUGGCGGAAGAGAGGCCUCGUGUUUCUCUGACUCAGUCCUUCUGUAAACUCUUUAAAGAUGUGGGUCUGCACCCACGUGCAGUUAGCACUGCAUUCGGCUGCAGGGUCAAUCUCGCAAUCUGCCUACAGCCUCAUAGGUUGGGAAAACUUGCUGAGCAGGGGACAUCAGGACCUGAUCCCACAACUGUCUAUGUGGACAUGAGAGCAUUGAGACAUGACAGGGUGAGACUGGUUGAAAGAGGGUCUCCACACAGCUUACCUCUUAUGGAAUCAGGGAAGAUUUUACCAGGUGUGCGCAUCAUCAUUGCUAACCCAGAGACGAAGGGACCAAUCGGAGACUCCCAUUUAGGAGAGAUCUGGGUCCAUAGUCCACAGAACGCCAGCGGGUAUUUCACAGUGUUCGGAGAGGAAAAUGUACGAUCGGAUCAUUUUGGAGCCAGGUUGAGCUUCGGAGACACACAGACCAUGUGGGCCAGAACAGGAUAUCUGGGGUUCCUGCGCAGAACCGACCUAACAGAUGCAAAUGGAGAGAGGCACGAUGCUCUAUAUGUGGUUGGUGCUUUGGAUGAAGUCAUGGAGCUGAGAGGAAUGAAAUACCAUCCCAUUGACAUUGAAACGUCCAUCAUCAGAGCCCAUCGAAACAUCACGGAGUGUGCGGUGUUCACGUGGACUAAUUUAUUAGUAGUGGUGGUGGAGCUGGACGGUUCCGAGCACGAAGCUCUAGAUCUGGUUCCCAUGGUAACUAAUGUGGUUCUAGAGGAACACUACUUGAUUGUGGGCGUGGUGGUCGUCGUGGAUACGGGCAUAAUACCCAUCAACUCUCGUGGGGAGAAGCAGCGCAUGCACCUUCGAGACGGCUUCCUCGCCGACCAGCUCGAUCCCAUAUAUGUAGCUUACAACAUGUAGAAACGCACACACUGAUGAUGUCACAAAAUUGAUUCCCAGCACUAACCUAUCACGUUCAGCACUUCAGCCUGUUAGCAGCCUCCUCAAAGUACUAAAUACACACAGACAUUCAUUCAGAGACUUAAAAGGACUUAAAGUCCUCUUUUAGCAGCAUAUCUUCAAGUUUUUAAUUUCAGUUUUGUUGGUGUUGCCUUGUUAUGUUGCUAGUAUUGCUUAUUUUUAACUUGUGUAUUAAAUAUGAUUUGAAGUACAGGGAAUUUUAUAAGAUAAAUAUAUAUGUUGUUGCCAAUUAAAGUUAUUUAUUUGUGUUUUCACAAAUGUAUCUGUGUUAUAUUUGUGCUUUUAUGUACUUAUGCCAUGUUGUUUUAUGCUUCGCUGUUGUCUUUGUUGAAACAGAUUUUUGAAGACGUAUUAGAAUUGUUAUGUUUAGCAUGUUUGUUAUCAUUUGCAGACGCUAUGUUAUAUCAUUUUCAUUACUGGUAAUUAUGUACAGAAAUUUGUUAAAUUUCAUUUUUAAUUAUGUUUAGCUUUUGUGGUAUAAUUUUUGUGGUUUUAUUAGCCUAAUGCAAUAGAGGUUGAUGUAUCAUGUAUAUAAAAUCAUAUCUGCACUGUGAGACAUAUAAAUAUAGAUAUGUGAACUAGAAUUUGCAUUCUAGAUUCAUUGCCCAGCAACAGUUAAUCUCUCCUUGUUUAUGUCUAGAUCGUGACAAAAAUGGAGGGAUAAAAGAACGACAUAUGCACAACGUGUUUUUAUUAUAUUCUUUAUUUAUUUUUGAAGCUUCCAUAUGAAACUAGAGCACUUUGAUUCUCUCACAAUGUCUUUUCAUAUGUCAAUAAAAUAUUUUCAACUAUUCUUA